AUGCAGCCGACGGCGGAGACUUUGGAAGAGCCGAUGACAUUGAACACUGCUCGUCAGCGACGCCGAAGCGAUUCCGAGUAUGCUCGUCAUCGAGCUCUCGGCUCUGGUGCUGUGCGACGUAAUGGCAUGGUUGAGCCCGACCAGCCCCCACCAAGCGGAGGUCGCAGUUGGUUAAUCUAUGUUGUUGGAACCAACCUCUCUGAAAAUCACCCGGCUUUAACGACACCAAGCCUUUUCACCGAUAACCCAACUUACGAGGACAUGAUCCUGCUUUCAUCACUGCUGGGUCCAGCCAAACCUCCUGUCGCCUCUCAAACCGACGUCAACUCCGCCGGCGGACUAUUCCGUCUUGUUGAGUAUGCAGGUUCAUUGGUCGCCGAAGCUGUGGAAGGCGCUGGUGCCAUUCAAAUCCAAGACGGGGAGCGCUGUUUGAUCUGCUUGAGCGAUUAUGAGGUGGCCGAAGAAGUUCGAGAGCUGGGUAAAUGCAAACAUGUCUUCCACAAGGACUGCAUAGACCAGUGGUUAACCACCGGUAGAAACUCUUGUCCUCUGUGCCGAGGCCAAGGCGUCAAUGAAACCCCCAGCACCGACUCCAACACCGAUAACCCGGCUUCCAAUCCUGCUCCUCCUGCACCAGCUCCUCCAGCUGCUCCAGAUGGCACAGCCGUCUGA